UGCCCUCGGCACUCGUUGACGUCAGCCACAGUUUGAGGUAGAGAGAAGUCUCGCUGCGCUUCUAGCCGUGAUGCAAUCGCUGCCCUAGUCAGCCGUUGCGGACGGCUGGUAGUACCCUGCCGAGCCCAGUGGAGGGGCGAGUAUUAACUACAGUUUCAGACCUUGAUUUGGAAAGAUCAUAAUUAGCACAUUCAUUAAGGAUUCUGGAUUCACACUUCAAGACUGGCAAUCUUGUAUGCAGAGCACAAACGUGAAUAUGGCUUGACUAAUUCUUGGUCUGCGCAAAUAUUGCUAAUGAGUGUUCAGUGGACUGUAUUAAGAUCAGGGGGUUCUACUCUAGCACUGAGGAGCGGAACCCACAACAGCUUGAAAUCAGUGGAAAUAUUUCUCAGCAGUCAGACUCAUCAAAGCAGCAAUACAAAAUGAGUGGAUAUUCUGAACUUGCAAACAACCAUAGCCAAAUGAUUGCUGAGGAGACUGAUGGUCAAACCAAGCCUGAACAACAUCCAGAUACUCUUCAGGAGGACACUGAGAUGAGCAGUGGAUCAAGUGGUAAUGACUUCAGUGGAAAUGAUAUGAAUGAAAACUAUUCUACUGGCCAUGAUUCUCAUGGCAAUGAAUCUGAUGAAAAUGGGAAAGAUACAGCAAUGCUUAUGGAGUCUUUAGAUUGUCAUAAAAGCUCAAAUGCAUUUAGCCUGAUGAUUGCAGACUCUGAACAUAAUCCAUCUACCAGUGGAUGCAGCAGUGAGCAAUCCACUAAAGCCAAAACACAGAAGGAAUUGAGGAAAACAUUGCAGGAGCUGAAAGCACGCCUUCCUCCUGAAAAAAGAAUCAAAGGAAAAUCUAGUGUGCUGACAACAUUGAAAUAUGCACUUAAAAGCAUUAAACAAGUUAAAGCCAAUGAAGAAUAUUACCAGUUAAUGAUGAUUAAUGAAAGCCAUCCUUCUGGUCUUGAUGUGUCGUCCUAUAUGGUGGAGGAAGUUGAGAACAUUACUUCAGAAUACAUCAUGAAAAAUGCAGACAUGUUUGCUGUAGCUGUUUCCCUGAUUACUGGGAAAGUCUUGUACAUCUCUGAUCAAGCUGCCUCGAUUCUCCGCUGUAAGAGGGAUUUCUUUAAAAAUGCCAAAUUUGUGGAGUUCUUGGCACCUCAGGAUGUCGGUGUUUUCUACAGCUCCACUACCCCUUACAGAUUGCCAUCAUGGAGUAUUUGUAAUGGAGUUGAAUCUUCCACACAAGACUGCAUGGAGGAGAAAUCAUUCUUCUGUCGCAUCAGUGCAGGAAAAGAACAUGAAUAUAUCUUCUACCACCCAUUUCGUAUGACUCCUUACCUUAUCAAAAUACAAGAUACUGAGAAUGCAGAAGAUCAGCUUUGCUGUGUGUUGCUUGCAGAAAAGGUGCACUCUGGCUAUGAAGCACCCAGAAUUCCUCCUGACAAGAGAAUUUUUACAACUACGCACACACCAAGUUGUUUGUUCCAGGAUAUAGAUGAAAGAGCUGUACCUCUUUUGGGAUACCUACCUCAGGACUUAAUAGGAACCCCUGUUUUAUCGCAUCUUCACCCAAGUGACAGACCUCUAAUGCUAGCAGUUCACAAAAAAAUACUUCAAUAUGGUGGACAGCCUUUUGACUAUUCACCAAUCCGGUUCUGCACUAGAAAUGGGGAAUACAUAACUAUGGACACCAGCUGGUCUAGUUUCAUUAAUCCUUGGAGCCGAAAAGUCUCAUUUAUAAUUGGAAGACACAAAGUUAGGACUGGUCCCUUAAAUGAAGACGUAUUUGCUGCUCCCAACUACACAGAAGAUAAAAUCCUUCAUCCUAGCAUUCAGGAAAUCACAGAACAAAUAUACCGACUGUUGUUACAGCCUGUACACAACAGUGGAUCUAGUGGCUAUGGAAGCUUAGGUAGCAAUGGAUCACAUGAGCAUUUAAUGAGUAUAGCAUCAUCCAGUGACAGCAAUGGGAACAACAAUGAAGAGGCGCUAAAGGACAAGCAUGUGACCUGUCAAGAUGCACAUAUGGCCAGAAAUGAAGGACAACAUGUUUUCACUGAUAGAAGAGUGAAGCUGGAACAUAAGAAAAAGUCUUUUGGAGAAAAAACAAAUUGUUCCAGUGUUCCGAUGGAAGAUAUAACUGAAAAGGAUACUGUAGCCAUUGCUGCCCAUAAGAAUGUGCUUACAGAGGAACUGGCUUGGAAGGAACAGCCUGUGUAUUCUUAUCAACAGAUUAGUUGUUUAGACAGCGUCAUCAGGUACUUGGAGAGUUGCAGCAUACCUGGCACAGUAAAGAGAAAAUGUGAACCUUCAUCAAACAAUGCUGCUUCACUGAGUUCUGAUGAUCACAAGCAAAAAACAGCUGAUAAUGCCGUUAAGCCAUCAGGAGAAGAAAGAGUGCUGUUGAAAACUCAUAUAGACCCUGCUGUGUUGAAGACAUCUGAUAAAUCAAAUGGUCCUCCGGUAGUUGGUGCUCACUUAACCUCUUUGGCUUUACCUGGGAAACCAGAAAGUGUUGUAUCCUUCACCAGUCAGUGCAGCUACAGUAGCACCAUAGUUCAUGUUGGGGACAAAAAACCACAACCUGAAUUAGAAAUGAUAGAAGAUGGUCCUAGUGGAACAGAACUCUUAGAUAGUCAACUUCUUGUCCCUCCAUCCAGCACUAUACAUGCAAACCAGGAAAAAGAGCCAUUUAAGAAACUGGGACUUACAAAGGAAAUCCUUGCAGUGCACACACAAAAAGAAGAGCAGAGCUUUUUGAAUAAAUUCAAAGAAAUCAAAAGAUUCAAGAUUUUUCAAUCCCGCUGCAAUUACUACUUACAAGAUAGACCCAAAGGACGUCAUGGUGAACGUGGUGCUCGUGGACAAAGAAAUGGUACUUCUGGAGUAGAUCAGUCCUGGAGGAAAAGUGGAAAGAACAGGAAAUCAAAACCAAAACGAAUUAAACCACAGGAAUCCUCUGACAGUACAACUUCUGGACCCAAUCUCCCUCAUCAAUUUCCUCUGCAAGGCCUAAAUAGUACAGCUUGGUCACCAUCAGAUACUUCUCAAGCUAGCCAUUCAGCCAUGUCUUUCCCUGCUGUUAUGCCUGCAUAUCCACUUCCGGUUUUUUCAGCAGCAGGAACUGUGCCACCAGGUCCUGAGGCAUGCCUUUCUGGUUUCAGUGAUUUACCAGAUUCUGGAAAUAAUUGUCCUAUGCAGCCAUCACAGUUCUCUGCACCUCUUGUAACGCCAGUGGUAGCACUUGUGCUCCCCAACUACAUGUACCCUCAAAUGAACAAUAAUUUACCCCAGACACUUUACAAUGGCCAGCCUAACUUUUCUGCUAAUCCUACUUUCUCUUCACAGUCAGUGUUUUCAGCACUGCCGCCAUUAGCUGCCUCAAAUCCUUUCCCUCAACAGACAUUCUUUCCAACACAACCAUUCCAUUAUAAUACACCAGCAGAAAGUGAAAAGGCUCCUGCCAUGGAAUUACGAAAUGAUCCAUCCCGUUCCACGCCGCAGUCUCUUGGUCCUCAAGAUCAGGCCUCACCACCUUUGUUCCAGUCAAGGUGCAGUUCUCCUCUACAGCUAAACCUUCUGCAAUUAGAAGAAACCCCCAAAAGUGCUGGAAGUGGAGCUGCUGCUGGUUUACAUGGAGCUUUAAUUGAAGGAGAAGCCACAGGCAAACCCAUAACUGAUGACAGCAGCAGAAAAGGAUCCUCUCCUAUUGAUUCUCCAAUGGAAGCUCAAAAUAGCGAUUCUCUCUCUAUGUCCAGUGAUUUACUUGAUAUUUUACUUCAAGAGGAUACAUAUUCGGGCACUGGCUCAGCUUCAUCAGGAAGUGGUGUAUCAGCAGCUGCUGAGUUGUUGGGAUCUGGAUCCAACGGCUGUGGCAUAUCAGGGAGCAGAACAGGCAGUAGUGAGACAAGUCAUACCAGCAAAUAUUUUGGAAGCAUCGACUCCUCAGAAAAUAAUCAUAAUACAAAAAAGAACACUGAAAUGGAAAACAGUGAACAUUUCAUUAAAUAUGUCCUUCAGGAUCCUAUCUGGUUACUGAUGGCAAAUACAGAUGACUCUGUUAUGAUGACUUACCAGAUACCAUCCCGAAAUGUGGAAAUGGUUUUAAAAGAGGACAAACAAAAACUAAAGCAAAUGCAGAAAUUCCAGCCAAAGUUUACAGAAGAACAAAAAAGAGAGCUUAUUGAAGUUCAUCCAUGGAUCCAGAAGGAUAGACUUCCAAAAGCAGUUGCUAAUUCAGAGUGUAUUUACUGUGAGGUCAACACACGAAGCCGCUUUUAUACACCAUAUGACGAAGAAAUCCAUGAAAUGGAGCUUAAUGAAAUGAUUGAAGCCAGUGAAGAAAACAUCUUGGCUACCCUGAGUCAAAUCAGUGAAGAACAAACCUAA